AUGUCUCAGGAACUGCUGCCCGUGAAGGUGCCAGAAGCUCUCUAUAACAUGAGAACAGGGAAGGUGAUGAUGCCAUCAAAAUCAAGAGGACUGCAGGGUGAAGGCUCAGCCACUGAUCCUCUGGGAGAUGGUGACCCACAAGAUGAAAAUAGAGACAGUGCUGUACCAGGCAAAGGUGAUUUCCAGAUAGAAUCCUCUCCCUGCUACCUGCUGACCGUAAGGAUCAUCCGGAUGAGGAAUGUCCAGCGAGUGGAUGCCCUAAGCCAGGCUGAUUGCUACGUGACGUUGUGGCUGCCCACGGCCACGUGUGAGAGGGCUCGUACGAAGACUGUGAGGAACUCUGACAAUCCAGUGUGGAAUGAAACCUUCUACUUCAGGAUCCAGAGUCGAGUCAAGAAUGUGCUGGAGCUGAGAGUGUAUGAUGAGGACUUUGCUACUCCAGAUGACCAUCUCCUCUGUGCAUUCUUUGAUACUGCUAAGCUUCCCAUUGAAAGAACAGUGGUCCUGUGUUUUAAGCCCAGCCCAAAGGCCAAGGAGGAGCUGGAGGUUGAAUUCAAGUUGGAGGCAGCCUCUGGUCCUCAUGAAGCCAUUGCUACCAAUGGAGUCCUGGUGUGUCGUGAACUUUGCUGCCUGGAAGUUGAAGUGGCAGAGAAGAUGGAGCAAAAAUCAAAGAAAGAGCUUUCCCUCACUGUGAAGGGCUCCUUUGAGGGGACACAGGACAUUGUGUUGAGUCCCAGUGGAGCAGCCAACCCAUCGUGUCCCACCAAGUUCCACUACAUCAAGUACGCGGAGCCAACGCUGGACGUCAUGCUGCCAAAGAAGAGACGCUACCACCCUUGGAGCUGUAAGUACAGUACAGAGACCGGUUCCCCAGUGGUGAUGCUGAAUUCGCUGCCCAUGGGAAGGAAAACGACCAUUGCAGAGGAGAAAAGAUUUGACUUGAAUGUGAAAGCACAGACCUGUAAUUGUUUGUGCCAAGAAGACCUGGACAUGCGCUUUGGGUUCGAUUUGUGUUCAGAGGAGAUGGUUUUCCUGGAGAAAAGAAAGAAAUACGUAGCAAGUGCCUUGAAGAAUGUUUUUCACCUCCAACGGGAUCUGCAGGAUCAUGAAGUCCCCAUUGUGGCCAUCAUCACGACAGGUGGAGGACUGAAAUCAAUGACAGGACUCUAUGGCAGCCUCAUGGGACUGAAGAAAUUGAAUCUCCUGGACUGUGUAACAUACAUCAGUGGGCUGUCUGGCACUACUUGGACCAUGGCCAAUUUAUACAGAGAUGCCUACUGGUCACAGAAGGACCUGGAUUCCCAGAUUAGUGAAGCCCAGAAACAUGCAACCAAAUGCAAGAUGGGCUGUUUCUCAAUGGAGCGCAUGAAGUACUACAACAAGCAGCUGUGUCAGCGCAAAGAAGAGGGAUACAGGACCACGUUUAUCGACCUCUGGGGGCUCAUGAUUGAGUACAUUCUAAAUGAUGGGAAAGACCCUCAUAAACUUUCAGACCAGCAAGAAGCACUGUGUGACGGGCAGAACCCGCUGCCCAUCUACGUGUCAGUCAGCGUCCGGAACAGCUACAGCACCAACGAUUUCAAAGAGUGGGUGGAAUUCACCCCCUACGAGGUGGGGCUGCUGAAGUACGGCGCCUUCGUCCGCACCCAGCACUUCGGCAGCGAGUUCUUCAUGGGCCGCUUGUUGAAGCAGCUCCCUGAGUCCCGCAUCUGCUACCUUCAAGGUAUGUGGAGCAGUAUCUUUUCUGUGAACCUGUUACAAAUAUGGGGGCUGUCCCAUAGUUCAGAGGACUUCUGGAAGAGAUGGACACAGGACAGAAUAGAAGAUGUUGAUGAAGACCCAGUGUUGCCCACAAGACCCCAUGAGCUGAGGACUCGUGCAUACACCCCUCCUGGCGCCCUGUCCAGCGCCCUUCGGGGAGCUCUGACCGAUCGCUUCUCUGUUGCCCAGCACCACAAUUUCCUGAAGGGCUACCAGCUGCACAACAACUAUCUGGAGAACAAGCACUUCUGCCAAUGGAAAGACACUGUGUUAGACUCGCGUCCCAACGAGCUGAUGCAGAAUCCUGACCAGCUGGGCAUGAUAGAUGCUGGGUUUUUCAUCAAUACCAGCAGUGCACCACUCUUAAGGCCCCAGAGGAAAGUGGAUGUCAUCAUCUAUUUAAGUUACACCACUGCAUCACACACAUCGGCUCUAGAUAAAGCAUGUAAAUACUACUCAGAGCAGAAAAUCCCGUUCCCCAAAGUUUCUUUGACUGAUGAAGAUAAGAAAAACCUGAAGGAGUGUUACCUCUUCCACGACUCGGACUCACCAGCCUGUCCCAUCGUGAUUUUCCUUCCCCUUGUGAACGACACCUUCAGAGAGUACAAAGCACCAGGUGUCAAACGUUGUUGCUCAGAGAUGGAAGGAGGCCAGCUGGACCUCACCAGCCGCUGCUCCCCUUACUGCAUGUUCGCCGUCAGGUACACGGAUGACAACUACUGCAAGCUGCUGAACCUCAGCGAGUACAACAUCCUCAACAACUCCCAGACCAUCAUGCAGGCCCUGCAGAUAGCCAUGCAAAGAAAGCAAAGCAUGUGCUAA